GCUCCGCCUCCCUCCCCCGCAGCUGGGGCCAGCGGUGCCAAGCGCAGCUGGACCAGCGGCAGCAGCUGGGCGAGUGACAGCCCAGCUCCGCGCGCGGCGGCCGCCAGAGCCGGCGCAGGGGAAGCGCCCGCGGCCCCGGGUGGCAGCAGCGGCCGGCUCUUCCCGCUCCUUCCGGGCCCGCAGCCCCGCGGUCCCGCGGCCCCGGGGCCGGCACCUCUCGGGCUCCCGCUCCCCUCGCGCAAGAUGGCUGACCCGGCUUCGGGGCCGUCGCCGAGCGAGGGCGAGGAGAGCACCGUGCGCUUCGCCCGCAAAGGCGCCCUCCGGCAGAAGAACGUGCACGAGGUGAAGAACCACAAAUUCACCGCCCGCUUCUUCAAGCAGCCCACCUUCUGCAGCCACUGCACCGACUUCAUCUGGGGCUUCGGGAAGCAGGGAUUCCAGUGUCAAGGUAGGCUCAGGGGAUGCCAGGUGGGAAGAAUGGGUGAAAAAGACUUUGUAGAAGUGACCGAGUUAGGUGAAGUUAGGUAGUGUUGGUCUGAGUGACCUGCCAGGCUAGGAAUCCUUUAUCACAGAAGGGUCCUUGUAGGGGCAUGUGUGUGGGGCAGUGAUGCUCCAUCCAGGAAAGAUGGGUGGAGCUGGGAGGCCCUAAAUGUCAAGGAAGUGCAAUUGCUCCUCUCCCCUUCCAGGCCUGGCAGAGCUCAAACAGGCCUCCUGAACCUCUCCUGGGAUGACCAGUCCUGCUUCAGGAGGAAGUGUCUUCAGGGACCUUUGCUGGGAGAACCCUUUGGGCCUUAUUUCCAGCCCCCUUCCCUGCUCACCAAGGGAGAGCUUCCUCAUCUCACGCAGUGGGGUUUUGCCUCUUCUUGCUGCAUGGAGGUCUCGGCAGGUGGCUCCCUCUUCUGCAGAUGGCACAUCCCCUAGAAAAACAACUGUGGUUUCCCUUGGGCCUCCUCCCCUUCUGAAAGAAAUGGUUCCAGAUGGGGCACCUCUCAGAUCCUGCAUUAAAUUGCCCUUUCUAUCUUCUGGGUAGAUAGAGGAAGGACUCCAAGAGACUGGUGGUCUGCGUCCUUGCAUCUGGCUUGAGACCCUUGACUCUAACCAGGGAUGCUUGGUGGCUUCAGCCAUCUCUGGGGCUAAUAUCUAAAAAAUGGGUUGCAAAUUGGCUUUCAAAAGCCAAUUCACCUGAAGAUUUGUUUAACCCUUAGGAUGUCUUAAGUAUUGGAUGUCAAUGUUUUAGGACUGGGAGAUUUCACACACACACACACACACACACACACACACACACAUACACACACACACACACACAUACACACACACACACACACCCUUAAAUUUCCAACUUCAGCUUUGCUGAGAAAUGGUCCACUCUCAGGUUUGGAAUGGGAAGGGGGCUGUUUUCUUGUAGACAGGGUACACAUUCAACAUUUUCUCUCAGUACAUCCUACCCCCCAGUGGGCUUCACCCACUUCUGGCCUCUGGAAGCAUUUGGAUUUGCAAUAUGUAGCCUGGAAAGUGUGUGUGUGUGUGUGUGUGUGUGUGUGUGUGUGUGUGUAGACCAGGUGCCCUUGAGUUUGGUAAUGGCACAUUUCUGUGGUAUGUCUUAGAGGCACUGGGUUUAAGUCUGGUGAAGAAAGCAUUUGAGCACUGAAGAGUCUGAGAUGUGAUUUAACACUCGCUGAUGGCAUCACUCUCCAGGGAAAAGGGACGGAGAUCCCUGCUGGCCCCUAGUGUGGCCUGUGUUCUCUGUGACACAGGAUGUCAGAGGACAUCCCAAAUCCCUUUAGGUAGCAACAACUUAGGCCCUGCUCAAACAGAUUGUAUUAUUUUCUAGAACUUUGACCCCUCAAAGUACCAUUGGCGUCUUGGUGCUGGAACGGGUAAUUUCUCCUUUGAGGUUGCCUUUCACUUCCAUGAAUUCGUUUCUGUCUUUGUCUCUUACUGAGGUCAGAAGUGAUUUUUAAACAUUUUUUUUUUUCUGCUGCUGUCCUGUGCCACUUGCUCUGCUGUAACUGAUGGCUGGGAAAGUCACUUUGGAGAGUAUAUCCAUGGUACAUUUGAUGCAGAGAUUCUUUUAUUCAAAACCUGAAAAAUGCUGGGUGCCAGUGGCUCAUGCCUAUAAUCCUAGUUACUCAGGAGGCAGAGAGCAGGAGGAUUGUAGUUCUAAGUCAA